CGUAAAUCGUUACCUCUUCGUUUUUUAGUGAGUCAAAAGUUUAGUGUGAGUCAAGAAAUUUUCGAUAAGGGGAGAUACAAAAUUGCAUAUCAGCCAAAACCCCCCAAUGCUACGAAUGGUUUCCCCCUGAAAUUCUCCAUCGAACACCGUCAAGUUGUCUAGGCUAUUUCUUAGGGCACUCUGGGUGCGCAGGCCGCCGUACAGAUCGACUUUUCGCUUCACUCGCGCCACAAUGGCUACAAAUUCCGCCCGUGGUAAUCCCAUCAAUGCGACCGAGGGCCCGAGCAAGGUCGGCGAAGGUCCACCUCCUCCAGUCGCCGCCGAUACAAAAGGCGCCGUGAAAGAAGCUGCGGGACAGUCCGACGGUGCCGGUGUACACGCCUCCGGUCAAGAUGCCGGAGCCGCCUCGACCCAAGGCAAGCCCGAACCCAAGAUCAAGACCGAGAAGGAGUUAGAAAAGGAGAGGAAGAAGGCCGAGAAGGCCGCCAAGUUCGAACAGAAGAAGGCCAAAGCUGCCGCCCAGGCUACCCCUGCUGCCAACGCCAAACCAAAGGACAAGAAGCCUAAAACUCCCAAGACCGAAGAAGAGCCUCUCCCCCCUUACGUCGAGGAAACUCCCGCCGGUGAGAAGAAGCGACUCAGGUCCCUCGACGAUCCCCAGCUGAAGGCGUACAACCCUAUCGCCGUCGAAAGCGCUUGGUACGAAUGGUGGGAGAAGUCAGGUUUCUUCAAGCCCGAAUUUACUCCCGAUGGCAAGAUCAAGGAGGAAGGGUCCUUCGUCAUCGUUAUUCCACCCCCCAACGUGACGGGAGCGCUACAUAUGGGUCACGCCUUAGGAAACUCUCUUCAAGAUGUUAUGAUUAGGUGGAACCGUAUGCACGGAAAGACAACGUUAUGGGUACCGGGUUGUGACCACGCCGGUAUCAGUACCCAAAGCGUCGUCGAAAACAUGUUAUGGAGGCGGCAAGGCAAGACCCGACAUGAUCUGGGCAGGAAAAAGUUUAUAGACACCGUCUGGGAGUGGAAAGAGGAUUACCACAAGCGAAUUAACAACGCGCAACGAAAGAUGGGUGGCUCCACCGAUUGGAGUAGGGAAGCUUUUACUAUGGAUAAGAACCUAAGUGCGGCUGUGGCGGAGACUUUCGUGAAGCUUCACGAGGAGGGAAUAAUCUACCGCGCGAACCGUCUUGUCAAUUGGUGUACUCAACUCAACACCGCGCUUUCCAACCUGGAGGUCGAUAACAAGGAGUUGACUGGACGAACUCUCCUCGACGUACCCGGAUACGACAAGAAGGUUGAGUUCGGAAUUAUUGUCCACUUCAAGUACCCCAUCGAAGGUACCAACGAGACGAUCGAGGUUGCUACCACGCGUCCCGAGACGCUGCUGGGUGACACAGGUAUCGCCGUCCACCCCGACGACGAACGAUAUAAACACCUCGUCGGCAAGAAGGCUGUACACCCCUUUAUUGAAGGCCGUCUCAUGCCGAUCGUGGCUGAUGACUACGUUGACAAGGAUUUCGGUACUGGUGCCGUUAAGAUUACCCCGGCCCACGACCCCAACGAUUUUGCGUUGGGCCAGCGACACAAUCUGGAGUUCAUCAACAUCUUGACCGAUGAUGGUUUCAUGAACGAGAAUGCCGGUCCGUAUAAGGGUCAGAAGCGAUUCGACGUAAGGUACGCUAUCCAAGAUGCUCUUAAGGAGCGUGGAUUAUACGUAGACAAGAAGGACAACCCAAUGAAGGUGCCCGUCUGCUCGAAGUCCAAGGACGUUAUCGAGCCCAUCAUGAAGCCCCAGUGGUGGAUGAAUAUGAAAGACAUGGCCGCCGAAGCUGUCAGGGUCGUGAAAGAAGGCCAAAUCAAGAUCAAGCCCGAGACGGCCGAGAACAGUUACUACAGAUGGAUGGAGAAUGUCAAUGACUGGUGUCUCUCGCGCCAACUCUGGUGGGGUCACCAGUGCCCCGUCUACUUCGCUAACAUCGAGGGCGAGCAAGGCGACCGUGCGGACGGGAAGUUGUGGUUCUCGGGACGAACAGAGGAAGAAGCGCGAGCCAAGGCAGAGAAAGCUCUGCCAGGGAAGAAGUUUACGUUAGAGCAAGACGAGGAUGUGCUCGACACGUGGUUUUCUUCCGGAUUAUGGCCAUUCUCUACCCUUGGAUGGCCGAACAAGACCCACGACUUGCAGACACUUUACCCGACUAGCGUCCUCGAGACCGGGUGGGAUAUUCUGUUCUUCUGGAUCGCAAGAAUGAUCAUGCUUGGUCUUAAGAUGGUUGGUGAGAUUCCUUUCCGCGAGGUUUACUGCCAUUCGCUUGUGCGAGACUCGGAAGGAAGAAAAAUGUCCAAAUCUUUAGGUAACGUCAUAGAUCCUCUCGAUGUUAUCAGCGGAAUUCCCUUGGAACAAUUGCACGAGAAGCUGCUACAGGGAAAUCUCCACCCUAGCGAAGUUGAAAAGGCCAAGAAAUACCAGAAGACUGCAUUCCCUGAGGGUAUCCCUCAAUGCGGAGCUGACGCCCUUCGAUUUUGCAUGAUCAACUACACGACCGGUGGAGGCGACAUCAAUUUCGAUAUCAAGGUCAUGCACGGUUAUAGGAAAUUCUGUAACAAGAUUUACCAGGCUACGAAGUUCGUGCUUGGCAAGUUAGACGAAGGCUUCGUUCCCGAGAAGACCGGAAAGCUUACCGGCAAGGAAUCCCUUGCCGAGAAGUGGAUUCUACACAAGAUGAACGCUGCCACCAAGGAGAUAAACGAAGCUAUUGCGGCGCGUGAGUUCAACAGAUCGACGACGACUGUGUAUCAAUACUGGUACAACCAUCUUUGCGACGUGUACAUAGAGAACUCGAAGGCUCUCAUCCAGGACGGUUCGGAGGAGGAGAAGCGCUCGGCUAUCAACACCCUAUAUACCGCGCUGGACAACGCGUUGAAGUUAAUCCAUCCCUUCAUGCCUUUCCUCACAGAAGAACUAUGGCAGCGCCUCCCGCGCCGACCUGGUGACGAAACGCCGUCAAUCAUGCUUGCCAGGUAUCCCGUGUACGAUCCGGAGCUGGAUAACCCCGCCGCCGAGACUGCCUACGAGCUUGUCCUGGGUUGCUCCAGGGGUAUCCGGUCACUGAUGGCCGAAUACGCUCUCAAGGACGAAGCUAAAGUUUUCGUCCAAACCUAUGACGAGACGGCGCACCAGACCGCCGUGGAGCAAGUCCAGUCCAUCAAGUCCCUCAGCGGCAAGGGCGUGACCGGAAUCGAGGUGAUCUCGGGAUCGGACCCCCGGCCGGCCGGGUGCGUGGCGUUUUCCGUAUCCAGCGCGGCGGCGGUGUUCCUGCACGUGAAGGGGCGCGUGGACAUCGACUCGGAGAUCGCCAAGGCCAACAAGAAGCUCGACAAGACACGCGUGGCCAUCGCCAAGCAGUCGAAGCUCCUCGCCGACCCGGGCUACCAGCAGAAGGUCGCGGCCGCACUGCAGGAGGCCGACAGGAAGAAGCUCGCCGACCUCGAGUCCGAGGCCAAGGGCUUCGAGGGCACGAUUAAGCAGUUUGAGGGGCUGAAGCUGGAGUAGAGUAAGAUAGAUAGAUGGGGGCGGCGGCGGUGUCAGGUAUGUUAAAGUGAUUGAUGGGGAGGAGCAGGGAGCGGAAGCGGAUAAGGGGUGGGAGGAGAUUAGUGACCUACCUAGGUACUUACCUAGGUAGGCAGUUGCAGCUUAUGUUGCGGAUUUGUACCUAAGAAAUAGAGAGAAGGGGGGAGAGAAAGAGAGAUUAAAAGACAUAAAGUAAAAGGACGUUUAAUGAAUUGCGUGUAGUUUGUGGUUUUGGUGAUGUUCGCUGCUGCUGCUGUUUGGUGAGUUAAAGAGAACAUGAAGUGAGUGAACUAAUUUGAACCAGAGUAGUUAUGUCUCCGGAAUUAUCCUACGAUGACACUAUACCGUAGUUCUUCUAUCGUAGCUCCUAUAGUACCUGUGGUAUAGUAGUGCGUAGUAACACGUGCUACGUUACCUC